AUGAGCGUCUCCGAAACCACCACCCCCCGCCUCCUGGGCAGCCUGGCCAUCAGGGCCGUCGACAUCGACAUCAAGGUGUCGCCCAACCCGGCGAUCCUCCGCAGCUCGGGUUGCUAUUCCUAUGAAGAAUCAUGCGGCACGGGGUGUAUGGACCGGGGAACCUGGGCCGGCACACAUUUUGCAAACCGGGCUUAUACUGCAUGGCUGACGGCGGCUGCUGCCCGGUAUAACGGGAAGACGUGCGGCGGUGGGAUUGGAGACUGCGAUGCAGGCGAAGUGCUCUGCCAUGGCGCCUGCAUGCCCGAAGACGGUGACUGCUGUAGCACCGGCUACUGCGAGGCUGGCUCCUACUGCGUUGGAAGCGGCAGGUGCGCCGCUGAUUCGAGUAGCUCCGGUAGCUCCGGUAGCUCGGGCAGCUCGGGCAGCUCGGGCAGCUCGGGCAGCUCAGGAAGCUCUGGAAGCUCGGGGAGCGGUAGUAACAACGACAGGCCGAGCGGUGCGGGGGCUGUUACAGUGCGCAUGUCGGGGUUGAUCCUGCUGGUUGUGGGAGUCAUGGCGGUGGUGUUGUGA